UGUCAUGUCUGCAGUCAGAAAAAAGUACUUCAGAUGGUGUGGAGACGUCAGAAGUCAGAAGAAGGAUGUCAGCAGGGACCAGGACACCUUACUUUCAACACUUCUGGAAGCCAGGGUCUGGUUACUAUAGCGAGAGUCUUGGAAGAACGACAAAAGGUGCGACUGACAUCUGUGAGGAUUUUGUGUUAUCACAUAUAGACUCUGUGCCGGUGCCUUCACCAAAAGGCGUGUUCACCAUUGGAGACUAUGGAACCUGCGACGGGUCAGUGUCUCUACGACUCAUGCACAGGAUCAUCGGCCAUUUGAGAAACAAGCAUGGACCUGACCUUAAGAUCCAGGUGUUGUACGAAGAUCUACCGACCAACGACUACAACAGCCUCUUCAAAACAAUUUAUGGUAGCACAUCAUACAUACACAAGUUCGACAACGUGUUCCCGCUGGCCUGUGGCACUAGUUUCUACAAGCAGUGUGUUCCUGACAACUCAUGUGACAUCAUCAUGUCAUCAUUUGCCACGCACUGGCUUAGUGACAGGAGUCACGCGAUGUCUUCGACGAUGUCUCCCUGGAUGUCAACAUCAGAAGAAGAGAUGAAAGCUCAUCACGAGGCUUCAGCACGUGACUGGCAGACGUUCCUCCUUCUGAGAGCGACUGAGCUCAAACAAGGUGGACUUCUAUUCGUUGCGCAACCUUCCCAAAAUACAAAGAGCAGCCCUGCACAGCCUGGAGAAAUAACAGAAUGUGCAAGAGACACUUGGAUCCAUCUCAAUUUAACGUGGAAGGAAUUAUAUGCAGGGGACAUAAUAACAAGAGAAGAGUUCCAGUCGUGUAAUGUCCCGGCGACAUUUCGGUCGUUACAGGAGCUAAAAGCUCCUUUCGAGAAUGCCGCCACCAUGUCUCCAGUCCGACAGGCUGGUCUCAACUUGUUUAAAGAACCAGAAGUGUUUGUCCUUCCAUGCUUUUCCAAAACAAUGUGGCGACAAAAGUUACAGAGUGGUGGCGCAGACGACAGAACCAUGUUUGCUCAAAACCUGUCAGACACAUUUCGAGUUAUUUUAGAACCAGCCUUGAGGAGGAGCCUACACACACGACAGUUUGAAGAGCAGUUGGCCAUAGUGGAACAAUACUUUAAGCGUUUUAUAAGAAAUGUAGCGACACUGGACCCAGAGACUUUCCAAAGCGAAAUAUGUGUGGGGAGACUUGUUGCGCAGAAGUUAUAUUAAACAACAAAACGCCCAUAAAGCGCGCGCGCACACACUGACACACAAAACACAACCAUACAAUCAUACAGACUUAUGUUCUUCACUGGGGUACUCAUGCAUUGUUGGCAUUCUGUGUGGUGCUGUAGAGAGGUGGCAGCAUCACCACACUUGCUGCUUUCAGUGUCAAAAGACAAAAUAACAUUUUAACAAGACAAAACUAACUACCGCAAUCACAUGAUGCGAUAAAAUGUCCAAAAUAAGAUAAAAUGUAAAUUAAUUUAAUAUAUUAAUGGCAUUUUCUUAUUUUUGUAAUGAACUCUAAGACAAUGUCAUUCAGAUUUUGCAGAUCAGCCCUCUCUUUAAACAAGUGGAUAAUGAGGCAGUUAUUUGACUUUCUUUGUGUUUUUAUUCAUUCUUCACUUGUAGUGGUAACUGGAUUAUAUAUACAGUUUCAAAAGCUUA